CAAAAUACAAAAAUGUUCCAUACUCGUCCUCAUUUACCCACUUACCCUCAAAAUCGUGCUCAUAAUAAAGGAGGGAGUGAAACUAGAAAGGCCAUUGAUCAUUAUAGUUAUGCAAUCAAUGAUGAAAUUGGCAGAGGGUUCAGUAGCCGCGUUUAUAAAGGAAGAGAUGAAAACACACUCGAGCCAGUAGCAGUCAAAGUUAUUGACAUGAAGAUGGUUAAACAAUCGAUUCAUGCACAACUACUGAAAAAUGAAAUAAAUGCUUUGAAGGCAUUCAAUAGUAAAAAUAUAAUGAAACUUUGCGAUGUCUUUUAAACAUAGAAUAAUACUUACAUCAUAACUGAGUUUUGUGAUUCGGGAGAUCUCAACAAUCACAUCAAAAAGAAGGGCAGAAUUGACGAAAACGAAGCUAUCCGAAUCCUGCAAUCAGUCGUGAGUGCUGUCAAUGAAAUGAAUCAGAAGGGAUACAUUCAUAGAGACAUCAAGCCAGCAAACAUUCUUAUUGAUAAGAAUCUUCCAAAGCUAGCUGACUUUGGAUUUGCUGUGCCAGCUCAUGAAGCUAGAUUGUAAGGGAAGAAUUUCAAUGUAGGAACUCCACUUUACAUGUCUCCCCAAGCAUUGAGACAACAAGGUCACACUGAAAAAGGAGAUGUUUGGGCUAUUGGUGUUGUCUUCUUUGAAAUGCUGUAUGGCAGAACACCAUAUAAUGCCUCUUCAGAAGCCGCCUUGAUAUCCAACAUUAUGCACUAGUCUUUAGUGAUUCCCUCCUCUCCUCCUGUUUCAGACAAGGCCAAGGAUUUCAUAAGGAAAUGUCUCUCCGUUGAUGAAAACAAAAGAUUACGAGUUAAAGAUAUGGUGCAUCAUGAAAUAAUCGAAUAGAGAGCCUUGACGCCUGUUGAAAGGGCUCCCGCUCGAAAACCCUUCGAAGAGAUUUCGAAUUUAAAUAUUCCCACUGAACCCUCCUAGAUUUAAAAAUUUAAACGAUCUCAGAGUCAAGGAGUCAAGGAGGCUCCAGCCAAAGAAUAUAAGACUUAAUAAAUUGAAGAUAAGAAAAAAUAACAUGAAGCCAAACAGAAGAAAUUAUAAGAACAAAUUUAGAGAUCCUCUAGUUAAUAGUAGGCACUUUAGCCAUAAAAAAUUACAAAGACUAGUGCUUUUGAAGAACAACCUCCUGUUUAGAAGUAAAAAACCAUUAGUUUGGAAUUUAAAUCAAAUAAUGAAAUUCUUAUACAAAUUUUCACAAAAUCCUUGCUAGUUGCAAAAAUAUUUUCAAUUGAAAUAAGAGAUAAACUAUUAUUUUUGAUGGGUAAAAAUAUUGCAAUUAAAAUCAAUAAAUUGGCGACCAUUUUGGAUAAGGAAAACAAAUAGGUUAAUAUCUUUUAGUUAGAUGAUUUUGAAGGAUACAAGAAGAGUGAAUCUCAUAGCAAAUUUAGUUAAGCUAUCUCUGAAUACAAUGAUAAAUACAUGAGGCAUUUUGAGAAGAUUUUGAAACUUGCAUCCAAGAAUGAAUUCUAAAAAGAUUAAUUGAUUGGUAAUCUCUGCAAUAAUGACAUCACAGAAAAUGAAUCUUUCUAUAAAGUUGCAUUACAAUACUUAAAAUAAAGUAUAAAUGAAAUUAAAUAAAAUUUUAAGUCCAUUUCAGGUCAAAAAGAUUAAUUAUUGCCUGAAGAACUUUAAAUGCCUUCCUUCAUUCUAUUUGGUCUCUAUGGGUACUAAUAAUUGAUUUCGAAAACUCUAGAAAAUUGGUCAGACUAUAAAUAAUUCUAAAAAGCCUCCUCCCCUGAAUUACUAAUAGAAAGAAAGCCUGGAUAGAUGAAUUAUGGAUUAUUGGAACAAUUACUUUGA